GUUUUGUGACUUAGAAAGGUUUGAACAGCACAUAAUUUUGAUUCGCAAAAUAAAUUCACAUAAAUGUUUCAAAAUCGAAUUAAGACGAUUCAAACACAUUUAAAAUGGCUAAGGAAUACGAUUACCUUUUAAAAGUGUUGCUUGUUGGUGAUUCCGAUGUUGGAAAGACCGAAAUACUGAAUAAUUUAGACGAAGAUCCAUUAAAUGAAGAAGCUACUUACAAAACCACAAUAAUUUUACUUGAUGGUAAAAGAGUGAAACUACAGAUUUGGGAUGCGAGUGGACAAGGUCGUUUCUGCACAAUAAUUAGAAGUUAUUCAAGAGGCGCCCAAGGCAUUAUUCUAGUGUACGAUAUCACCAAUAAAUGGAGUUUCGAAGGAAUAAACAGAUGGCUAAAAGAGGUUGAGGAGCAUGCUCCUGGUGUUCCAAAGGUUCUUGUAGGAAAUAGAUUGCAUCUUGCAUUUAAACGACAAGUUGCAGCAAAGCAGGCUGAAAGUUAUGCAAGUCGACAUAAAAUGUCGUGUUUUGAGAUUUCUCCACUUUGCGACUUUAAUAUUAGGGAGUCUUUUUGCGAACUUGCAAGAAUGGCUUUGCACAGAAAUGGCAUGGAGAGAAUAUGGAGAACAAACAAAGUUUUAUCGCUUCAAGAAAUGUGUUGUCGAACCAUAGUCAGAAGAACGAGAAGCGUUUACUCAAUCGACACGUUACCUUUACCACCAUCAGUGAAAUCCCAUCUAAAGUCCUACGCAUUGACAACAACUCGUAACAAUUGUCCGAACAACAUAGUUAAUAGUGCAAAGAAUAUCACGUAUGAACAAUCUGAAAUGUGCAAACUGUGCAUUAAAGAUUUAUCUGAGGAAUUUGAUUAUUACACAAUUGAUGAAUUUCUAACAAAUUUGAUAGAAAGUUUAACAGGAAUUUCGAUUUCUAAGCUUGAUGAUGAUCAGCAUAAAAGAAUAAAACAACCAAAGUGUGUAUGUGUAAAUUGUUUUGAUAUCCUCAUCAAUUUCAACAAGAUCAAACAACAAUGGAUUGAAAACCAAACAUUGUUAUUAAAACAAAAUGAAAAUACUUCAUUGGAAGAAAAACACGCAGAAUUAAGAUGUGAAGAGGAUAUUUCUUAUGAAGCUAUUGAAGAUAAAUCGCAAACUGAGUUUGAGGAUUAUUCCACAGAGGAAUACGUUGAAAAUACUGUAGAAAUUAAACAAGAAGAAGAAUGUGAUAUUCCAAAAAGCUAUGAAAUUAUCAUGGAUGAUAACUCAGUAGAUUAUCCUGAUGAUAGUAUGUACCCAGAACGUGAUAUCCUUUUUGCAGAAUCUGAGUCAGAUGACGAUACUGCUGUUGAGUUAGGAUUUGAAGAAACGUCCAAAAGUAAAAGCAGACGACGCUACAAAUUCUCUAAUGGGAAAGAAAUUUACAAGAAAAUGCUACAAAAAUGUGAGAUUUGUUUCAAAGAAAUUGAAAAAACUCGGAUGGAAGGUCACAUUAACAAACACAAAAAUAUUCGGCCAUAUUAUUGUCAAGAAGUUAAUUGUGGAAAAUCAUUUUACUGUAAGAUUCUUCAUCGUAUUCAUUCUAAAACUAUUCACAAUGGAACCAAAGUAACAUGCGAUGAAUGUAAUAAAAUGUUUCCAUCGAAACGAGCUCUGUAUGCUCAUACAAUGCGUCAUAAGAAUUCAAAUCGUUUUUGUUGCACUUUGUGUGAAAAGAAAUUCAAUAAUAAGAAUUCACUGAAGCGUCACCUCGCAAUUCAUUCCGGCAUUCGUGACUACACGUGUGAAUAUUGCUCUUCAUCUUUUUAUCGGAAGUUCAAUCUGGACGUUCACAUCAGGACAGUUCAUCACAAGGAGAAAUCAUACAAAUGUGCCGAGUGUUUUAAGAAAUUCGGUUACUCGCGUUUACUUCGCAUUCACAUUCAGAAAUAUCAUCCUGAUUCAAAUCUUGAACAGCUUGAAGAACAAGAAAUCGAAUUACCGAUCAUGUCAAAUAAUGUUGAGAGUUAAUCUUUUGAGAACUUCUGUUAAAUAAUAAAACAAACUUUUUCUUUUGAUUUUCUAAGCAAUUUAUUUUGUAUUUUUUUCUAAUCAUUCUGAACUGGCUACACUUAAAAAAUUGUCGAAGAAAGACGAAAUACUCUAAUUUUAAUUACAAAAAAUAAAGAAGAAAAAUAAAAUCGCAAAAUUUUUUCGUUCUGCUACGUCAAAAAUCUCACAAAGAGAGACACAAACUGAUAAUAAUUUUCAUCGUUAACAAAAAUAGUUGCAACUGAAUGGGAAAUUUAUUUUGUCCUCCUUGUAAUACGAAUCCGUUAGUGAGAUGAUUUCAUUCCACAAAAAAAAAGUUGCUUAAAUUAUUGUCCAGUCUUCACUUCGCACGCAUUUGAUAAAAACUCAUUUAAACUUUCUUGAAGACUUUGAUGCUAGUUGCUUCAAUGAAAACCCGCUAACUCCUAAGCCAAUAAAAGCCAAAAUUGCAGCUGAUGUUGUUGAAUGGUCACGUUUUGUUGAGAUUUGACGUACCGGUCCAUUCAAGUCAGAUGCAAUCUAUCCGUAACUUAAUCGCAGUGCGUAGAAGAGUGCCUGAGUAGUUUUCAUAUUCCUUUUGAUGCUCUACUUUUGAUGUUUUCGUGAGCUUAUCUAGUGUUUUUAUAUUCUUUAACUUUUUUGAUAUUUUAAUCACUUCCUGUUUCUUUAAAUUCUAAAAUACUUCUGAUAAAUUCGAAGGAAGCUUGAGAAUUUUGUUAAAUAAUGAAAGCUACUUACG